GAAUCUUGAAAAUAACGAAUUUUUCUCCUCAGACUCGGAAUGACAGCUGCUUGCAUAACGCACGUAGGCCCAUGAAGCUGCAACAUCGUUAACAACAUACUCAAACUGGAGUUGCUUUUACCACAUAAUUCCUAGUAGCUCAUUAGGUUUCAGACCAUAUCAUUUGAUUUAUCAGGGCGAGUGUUAGAUCGAGAUUCAUGUGUUAGCACUCCUAUCAAUUUUUGACAUGUAAGCUGUGCUAACACAUGAAAAUAAAGUCCUCAAAAGUGUAAAAUGACGACCAAUUUGCAUAUCCACCAUGAUGCAAGAGCUCUCAACUUUACUUCUCAACUGGCACACUCCUGUAAAGCCAACCAGUUUUCCAGUCGACAGAGCCACGAGUAAGAUCCAGUUUUGAAUGCAGGAGAGAUUUUAAUGGCCAAUAUGAAGAAGCUGUGGAGUCUUAACAGAAAGAAUUUACUCGGACUUGUUGGACAAAGGAGUGGUUGUAAUAUGUCACCAUGUAGAGACCUGUUCCAAAACCAUAGUAUUUUUGAAUUGGCUCCUUUAUCAAGUUUAAGGGCUCUUAGCACGUGCACAUUUUGCUUGUCAAAUGGGAACUACCCUCCCAAAUCCUAUUCUGUCGUGCCAAAUGUAUGCACUGGAAAAACACCAAGAAGAGAGCUAUCAACAAAAUCAUAUAAUUUUAAAAAGGGGACGAAGAAGAACAAUUACUCAGCUUUAAAUAACUUAGAAGGUGAACAAUUUGAAAAGGCAAAAAGAAAUAUUCUUAAGUGGAGAAAAAGUAAGUUUGAAGACGGGCAACCUUCAGAAUCCAUGCAUUGGAAGAAGGCACGAGGGUCUAAUGACAUAACUAAGAAGAAUAUGGAGGCACAGCCCAAACCAGAAUUUAAGGAGCCAGUUCAAAUUCAAACUGUAACAGUUGCUAGUGACGGGAGAAUGACAUUGCAUGAUAUAUGUGAAGCAACUCAGAUGAAAUUAGCUUCAGUUAAGAAUGCACUCAAAGCAAUAAAACAUCAGAAAAAGAAGCAUUUCAAUUGUGAUGCAGAUCACAUGGUUGAAUCUAUCGAGGAUUUGAAAAAGAUAAUUGAGCACUUAGGCUUCAAAGCAGUCACCCCACAGGAUAAAGGUAUAAACAGGAGACCCCCUCCAGACCCUGCUGUUCUGGUCAAGCGAGCACCUGUGGUCACCAUAAUGGGACAUGUGGAUCAUGGAAAGACCACUCUUCUAGAUGCUUUAAGAAAUACUAAUGUUGUAGCUCAGGAGUUUGGAGGAAUAACACAGCAUAUUGGUGCUUUUCAAGUAACUGUUUCGUCUGGUGAUGUUAUCACUUUUCUUGACACUCCUGGACAUGCAGCAUUUGCAAAAAUGCGUGCACGUGGAGCCAUGGUGACUGAUAUUGUUGUUCUGGUUGUGGCUGCUGAAGAUGGAGUCAUGGAACAAACCAUAGAGUCCAUUAUGUAUGCUAAGGAGGCUAAAGUUCCGAUCAUUGUUGCUAUAAACAAAAUUGACAAGCCAUCAGCAGAUGUGGAAGCAACAAAAAACAUGCUUUCAGAACAUGGUUUAGUGUCAGAAGAAUUUAAGGGAGAUACACAGUUUGUACCUAUCUCAGCACUUAAGAAAAUAAAUCUGGACAAAUUGCAAGAAGCUAUCCUGGUCGAGUCCGAGAUUAUGGAAUUGAAAGGUGACCCCACGGGCCUAGUAGAGGGGAUAGUAAUUGAGUCUAAUGUGGAUCCUCAGAGGGGCAAAAUUGCUACUGUGCUUAUUCAAAGAGGGGUGUUGAAACCAGGGGGGUAUCUGGUGGCAGGAAAGUGUUGGGGGAAGGUGCGUUACAUGUUAGAUCACAGACAGCAGCCCAUCAGAGAGACAUCCUUGUCGAUGCCUGUCCAGGUGGUGGGAUGGAAGGAGCUGCCUGAAGCUGGGGCAGAGGUCAUUGGAACCAACUCAGAGAAAGAAGCACUAAGCAUAGUGGAAUGGAAUCAAGAACAUUUGAGUAAGGAUGAAACUCUCCAAAUGCAUCGAGACCUUAACUUGAAAAGACAGGAACACAGAGAUAGCCAUAGUGUAAAGCUGCAGAAACGUCUUGAGAUGGGAAGAUAUACAUAUGGACUUGUCCAUAAUUUGGAAGAAUUUGCACACUUAAAAAAGAAACAAUCUUAUUGGAUAGACAGCGGUCCAAGCUUAAACCUUGUUGUCAAAGGAGAUGUUGCUGGUUCUGUGGAGACUCUUCUGUCCUCUUUUGGUGGAUAUCAGCUAGAACACCUCUGUCCCAUCAAGAUAAUUCACUCUGGUGUUGGUGAUAUCACCCUGAGAGACUUGGAAAUGGCAGAGACAUUCAAUGGGGUAGUAUUUGGGUUCCAAGUGACGGCACCAGUUGAAAUUGUAGACUUGGCAGAGAAGAAAGAAAUUCCACUUAAAUUGCACCAAGUGAUCUACCAUCUAUUUGACGAUCUUAAAGAUGAGAUUGUGAAGAAGAUUCCAUUAGUCAAUGAAGAUAAAAUAAUCGGCAAAGCAGAAGUGAUGAAGAUGUUCAAGGCAGCAAUUGGCAAGCACCAUUCCCUGGCAGCAGGAUGCUACUGCUCAGAGGGCAUUUUGGAUUCUAAGAAACAUUUUCAGUUAAUAAGAGAAGAUGAGGUUGUACAUGAAGGGCAAAUUAGCAAUUUGAGGCACUUCCAGUCCAAAGUACAGACAAUAAAACAAGGCAUGGAAUGUGGUCUAACCUUUGACGAUCCAAAGGUUCAAGUAAACAAAGGGGACAUUAUAGUCUGUUUUGAAAGACAACAGAAACGGGUUGGCAAAGAUGAUCUAGAUUUUGGUUUUUGAUUAUUUUGAAAUUAUGUUGUUAUAAAAUUCUUAGGGGGGGGGGGCUGCUUUAAGUACACUUUGAUUUGAAACAUUUAUGAGAAAAAAGACAGCAGUGUCCAACUGGUAAGCAGAUUAUUGUAGUGAUUUUGCUGCACCAUUCUGUGCUCUCUUAAAAUGCAGGCGCUCAGUAUCAGUAUCUUAACAAGGAGCUCAUCUCCUGAAAGACUUAUUAACUAUCAUGUUAUGUUUAUGAUGUUUCAAGAAAUACUGGUUAAUGAUCACUGUAUUUCCUUUUGUUAAUUAUUGUCCAAGUAACUUGGAAGAGGUUCAUUUGCAACUGUAAUAAAACUAUUUAU